AUGGCUCGUACAAAGCAGACUGCUCGUAAAUCGACUGGUGGCAAGGCCCCACGCAAACAACUGGCUACAAAGGCCGCACGUAAAAGUGCGCCAGCCACCGGAGGAGUAAAGAAGCCCCAUCGCUAUCGCCCCGGAACUGUGGCUCUCCGUGAGAUCCGUCGCUACCAGAAGAGUACUGAGCUGUUGAUCCGUAAACUGCCAUUCCAGCGGUUGGUGCGUGAAAUAGCUCAGGAUUUCAAGACAGAUUUGCGCUUCCAGAGCUCUGCUGUGAUGGCUUUGCAGGAAGCUAGCGAAGCCUAUCUGGUUGGUCUGUUUGAAGAUACCAAUUUGUGCGCCAUCCAUGCUAAGCGUGUUACUAUUAUGCCCAAAGACAUCCAGCUGGCCCGUCGUAUCCGUGGAGAGCGCGCUUAA